CUUUCCCCUAUUCGUCUUUCUCAGCCUAAUCUGUUUCCAAGUCUCAAAAGACUUCACUUCAGAAACUGCUCCGUCGAAUAAGGAACGGUAACAAUCAUCUAUCCUCUAGGUUUUGCUCCAUUCAUCAUCUCUAAAACCCUAACUAAUCAUAUUCUCCAACAAAUUUUGCAUCCAUAUUUAAUUUAUUCAUUCACAACCUCGUUCAGGUAAGCACCGAACGAUCUCUCAAUCGAAUCCAUUUUUUUUGCGCUGUUAAUUCUCGAUUCCAAUCGCCCAAUUUGCUGCUCCGAACAAAUAAAGAGUUCAUGCAAACAAUUACAGUCCUCUAACGAAAGUUGGGCGUUCAUCUAUUGGUCAGUGUGAGGGUUUAGGGUUUUGGGACAGUGAUGGAUGAUCUAGAAAAAGCGAUACUAAUAAGUUUUGAUGAAUCCGGGAGUGUGGAUUCGAUGUUGAAAUCACAGGCGAUUGCAUUUUGCGGACAAAUCAAAGAGUCCCAGUCAAUUUGUAGUAUAUGUAUAGAUCGUUUACGGUUUUCGAAACUAGUUCAGGUCCAGUUUUGGUGCUUGCAGUGCCUCCAUGAUGCACUUCGAGUUCGGUACUCGUCAAUGAGUUCCGAGGAGAAGUUGCUUAUUAGGAAAUCGGUGUUUUCUAUGGCUUGUUAUGAGACCAGUGAUGAUAUGAACUUGGUGAAGGUUCUGGAUGGCCCAGCAUUUAUAAAGAACAAACUUGCUCAAGUUUUUGUGACUUUAAUUUACUUUGAGUAUCCAUUAACAUGGCCUUCUGUGUUUGUUGACUUCUUGCCAAAUCUUAGUAAAGGUGCGGUUGUUAUUGAUAUGUUUUGUCGAGUUUUAAAUGCUAUGGAUGAUGAGUUAAUUAGUUUGGACUACCCGAGGAGCCAAGAGGAGGGGGCGGUUGCUGCACGAGUUAAGGAUGCAAUGAGGCAGCAGUGCAUUGGUCAGAUUGUUAGGGCGUGGUAUGAUGUUUUGAUAAUGUAUAGGAAUUCUGAUCCAGAUUUAUGCUCUAGUGUUUUAGAUUCUAUGAGGAGGUAUGUUUUGUGGAUUGACAUUGGGUUGAUAGUCAAUGAUGCAUUUGUUGCAUUGUUAUUUGAGUCAAUGUUGGUUGAUGGCCUGCCCGAUCAACUCCGUGCUGCUGCUGCUGGUUGUGUGCAAGCAGUAGUUUCUAAGCGCAUGGAUCCAAAAGCUAAGAUCGCACUUCUGCAAAAUCUUCAGAUAAGAAGGGUAUUUGGUUUGGUAGUUGGUGACAGUGAUUCUGAAUUUGUAUCAAGCAUUGCUUCAUUGCUUACUGCUUAUGCCACUGAGGUUUUGGAGAGUUUCAAGCGGAUAGACUCGGAGGAUGGAAGAGCUGUCUCUAUGGAGUUGCUGAAUGAGGUUCUGCCCUCAGUAUUUUAUGCUAUGCAACAUUGUGAAAUUGAUGAAACAUUCAGUAUUGUGCAGUUCCUUUCAGGUUAUGUUGGCAUGAUGAAGAGUCUUUCUCCAUUGACAGAAACACAGCUGCAUCAUUUAGGUCAGAUACUGGAAGUCAUUCGUACCCAGAUUCGCUAUGAUUCCAGUUACCGCAGUAACCUUGAUUUAUGUGACAAAAUUGGGAAAGAAGAGGAAGAUCGGAUGGUUGAGUUCCGCAAAGAUUUAUUAGUUCUACUUCGUAGUGUUGGACGUGUUGCACCUGAUGUGACUCAAAUUUUUAUCAGAAACUCCUUGGUUAGUGCCGUUGCAUCUAGUGAGGAUAAGAAUAUUGAGGAGAUAGAGGCUGCACUUUCCUUAUUUUAUUCCUUUGGCGAAUCAGUAAGUGAGGAGAUAAUGAGAACUGGAGGUGGUCUUCUGGGAGAGCUAGUGCCAAUGCUCCUUUCAACAAAGUUUCCGUGCCACUCUAAUAGGCUUGUGGCAUUGGUGUAUUUGGAAACCAUAACAAGGUAUGUGAAAUUUGUUCAGGAGAGUACACAAUAUAUACCCAUGGUUCUGGGUGCCUUUCUAGAUGAAAGAGGCAUACACCAUCCAAAUAUUAAAGUGAGUAGACGAGCAAGCUAUCUUUUCAUGAGGGUUGUUAAAUUGCUUAAAGCAAAACUUGUCCCAUACAUAGAGACCAUCUUACAGAGCCUGCAAGAUACAGUUUCUCAAUUUACAACCAUGUCUUAUUCUUCUAAAGAAUUUUCGGGGUCUGAAGAUGGUAGUCACAUCUUUGAGGCAAUUGGUUUAUUGAUAGGGAUGGAAGAUGUUCCACUCGAAAAACAAUCUGAGUAUCUCUCUGCUUUGCUUACUCCUCUUUGCCGGCAGGUGGAAGCAUUGCUACUAAAUGCCAAACUUCUGAACCCUGACGAGUCUCCUGGGAAGAUUGUGAAUUUACAGCAGAUAAUAAUGGCCAUUAAUGCUCUCAGCAAGGGCUUUAGUGAGCGUCUCGUAACUGCUAGUCGUCCAGCAAUUGGUCUCAUGUUUAAGCAGACAUUGGAUGUCAUGCUACAGAUUCUUGACGUAUUUCCAAAGGUAGAACCACUGCGGUGUAAGGUCACAUCAUUUGUUCAUCGCAUGGUGGAGACUUUAGGAGCAUCUGUGUUUCCUUAUCUUCCAAAGGCACUGGAGCCUUUGCUUGUAGAAAGUGAGCCAAAGGAAGUAGUGGGGUUUCUGGUACUGCUUAAUCAGCUUAUCUGCAAAUUCAGCACAGCAGUUGGAGACAUAUUGGAGGAAGUGUACCCUGCUAUUGCAGGUAGGGUGUUCAGUAUUCUCCCAAGAGAUGACAUUCCAUCAGGACCUGGUGGCAGAACUGAGGAAAUCCGUGAAUUGCAAGAGCUUCAACGUAUGUUCUACACAUUUCUCCAUGUCAUUGCCACUCAUGAUCUAUCAUCAGUUUUUCUUUCUGCCAAAAGUCGGGUCUACUUAGAUACGAUGAUGCAGAUGCUGCUGUUUAGCUGCUGUAAUCAUAAGGAUAUAACAAUACGGAAGGCCUGUGUACAAAUAUUCAUCAGACUAAUUAAAGAUUGGUGCACCAGACCCUAUGGUGAAGAGAAGGUGCCUGGUUUCCAAAGCUUUAUUAUUGAGGUCUUUGCAACAAACUGCUGUCUAUACAGUGUGCUUGACAAGUCAUUUGAAUUUCGUGAUGCAAAUACACUUAUUUUAUUUGGUGAGAUCGUAUUGGCUCAGAAGAUCAUGUAUGAGAAAUUUGGCAACGAUUUUCUUGUUCAUUUUGUAUCUAAAGGUUUUCCCAGUGGUCAUUGCCCUCAAGAUUUGACAGAGUUGUAUUGCCAGAAAUUGCAGGGCAAUGACAUGAAGGCAUUAAAAUCGUGCUACCAGUCUAUCAUUGAAAAUUUGAGACGUCAACAAAAUGGGGCUUUAUUCAGAUAGCAUUCAGAGAAGAAAAUGGUCUAUUAGCUGUACUCUUUAGAUCUUUUGGUGAUUGAUUUUUGUUCACUCAAAGGGUUCUUUUUAUGUAUAUAUCAUUUGUUUUGAUGUUCACGGACAGUGAGGUGUAAAUUUGCGGAAGAAGUUUUUUGAAUGUGAAACGUUAAGUUUGUCACUCAGUUUUGCUGCUCAACUGUCCAAGCUUCAUCUAGGUUAUCUACAUCGCCUUUUUUACCAACCAACCCCACGCCUACACGCCUUGCCAAUUUACUCUUCUCUCCCUGAGCGUGUGAUAUUUAUUCCCUGUUCCGUUGGGUAUCCCGUCCUUGAAUUUUCCAUAUUAAGUAAAACAAAGUGGAUUUUUUUUUGGUAAGGGCUAGUGAAGUAGUGAGUAGAGCUUUUUUGUUUUCUGUUUUCGUUUUUGUUUUGUGUUGUGGUUUGGGAGGGGGUUGGGUUCGUGACUUUAGAAAAGAUUUUGAGUAGAGAGAAAUAGGCACAGCCAUCAUCCAUCAUUCCAGAAGCAGGGUUUUAGUGGCACUUUGUGUUUUUGGGCAAUUCCAGCAACUUUCAAUUCUUUGUUUGUUAUUGUUUUUCUUUAUUUAAAUAGAUAAAUAUAUAGACAGAUGGUUGAUUUUCAAAGAUAGAAGAUUUCAUCUUUUUUCUCUUCA